UGUGUGAGAGAGAGACAUUGUCAUCCAGUCCUGCCGGAGAACAGCAGCAGCAGCGAGAGCAGCAGCAGCAGCAGGAGCCGACGAGAUUCAGACGCACUGAGCAGAGCGAGGGAAUACGAGGAAUACACACUGACGAAGAACAACAGCAACAAAGGGGGAGGAUGGAAUAAAACAAAAAAACUGAAAAAGCAUUUUACUGCUUCUUCCACCCUCUUCUGUUUGGAGCAUCCCACAAGCAGAGCACCAGUGAAAACACAUACAUAUGAUAUAUAUAUAAAAUUCCUAUACAUAUAUAUCAAAUUAUGCCUGUUUUCAAAGAAGCUGCAGCCGGACAUGGACUGAAUUGACAGCAGAGUGAAUCCAUUGCAUGAAAAAAAUUGGGAGAUAAUAUGCAGCAUUUUGCUUAAAAACUGUUGCAUAUUAAUGCUUUGAGAUUUUUUUUUCUUGGUUUUUUUUUUUUUUAAAGCUAAAACUGGCAAGUGAGUUGUUGAGGCAACAUCAUCAACAACAACAACAACAACAAAGAGCAGCUGCUGCAGACAGUCCCACGUUUCCAAACGGGGGCUUCUCUUGAAAAAACAGGACAUUUUUUGAUCUGCCCUCGGUGCCACACGGCUGCUGCGUGGCUGUCGCAUCUCCACUUGUCUCUGUCGUCCGCUCGGGCUCACGGGGGAGCAUUAUUCCCCGCUAUAGGCUUGUGCAAGUGCAUCGCUGAAAGUGCAGAGGGCAAUCCACAGGCACUCUGACCCCCCCGAGCUGAUAUUUCCUCAGGGCAUGAGAGCAGAGGGUGAGGUAAGUAGAAAAAGAGGCAGGGAGCUCAAAGAGAGGAUAGAUAGGGAUUGAGAUCAUAGUGUAAAAAAAAAAAAGAAAAGCCAAAACCAAAGCCCAGGAAAGAGAAAGAGAAACCAUCAAAGAACAAUCCGUUAAACAGGACCCUCCACUCUGGUUUAGUAAUUCCACCGCUUUUCUCUUUUUUUUUUUUUUUUACAGCUUCUGUUGGAUGCAGCAGCACCAAGACAUUUAGAUUAGAGAUUCAGUAUCAGCACAUCAGCCCUCCCCUUCCUCUCUCUUUCUCCUCCCCUCAGUCUUCUGAGCACUUGUAGGGCAGGACCGAGCAGGGCUGAUAGACAGAGUGCCCGGCUGGUGUCCUGGGUCCGCUCGAGACCCCGGGAUCCACAGGGGGAGAGGAGGGGGUUUCAGUGGAGUGUGCACGGAGAGCGGCAGCGGCGGCAGCAGCAGGAGCCCUGCAAACGCCGAGCACCAAAAAGCCAUUGGACUCCUUGGGUGUUGCUUAAAACCUGCAGAGUGACACUGACAGAGCACUGUCAUCAGGGGGAUUGGAGCUGAUUGUGUGUGAGUGUGUGUGUGUGUGUGUGUGGUGUGUGUGUGUGCGCAUGCAUGAGAGAAAACACGCCUAAGGUGCAAGAGGAGACGCUUUUGGACUGGAAUAGGAUCUCUGGAGUCUGGAGGUGUGUUUUAAAGAGCAGCUGCUUUUACCUGUUGGCUGGAAUUAGGAAGGAACUGUCCAACAUAACCUUUUCAAAAUAAAGGCUGAAUAUUUAAUAUCCCUCACAAAAGACCUCAGGAGCUGAGAGACUUGGAACCAAACUUCUCAAAGAGGGAGUCACGUUCACCAAAGUGGACCAAGGUGGCGGUGAAAAGAUGCCCACCACAAAAAUAAAAAAGCCUACUCUGAACAGUGCCACGGAGAGUAGGAGGAUGAUAGAUGCGAGUUAAACUCUGAGAGGGAGAAGAGGAAAACACUGCACACUGGUUUCAGGCGUUUUCUUUUUUCUUUCCUGGACUUAUUUGACUCCAGACUUGAGCAUUAGAGUUGUGAUCCACUCAGGAAUAUGAGUCCGUCUGCGGAGUCAAAAGCCUUUCAUGUGGGAGCCUGUGACAAUCUGUGAGUUUGAGAGGAAUCUGCCUUCUUUCUCCGCCGUCAGGAACCCAGAGUUCUCUCCUUUCACGGAUUACUCAUCCACUCAGCAUGGGAGCUUAUUGCUAGAAAUGCCAGAGGCAAGUCCAUUCGUAGGUAACACGCCCUCCUAAACUGCGUUUCCCUCCAAGCCAGCGGAUUUGGAUUUGUCUUCAGCCGCCUCCGCUGUCUGCUUGUGACAUAUGGCUUUGUGAAAGGAACUUUAAUUUGGGCCUCUAAUUAACAAUUACACAUCAGCUCUGAGCCGCGAGACACUGGAAGUGUAAGUUCAAGAUGGCCACCUCCAUGCAUCCACUCUUGAGAAGCGCGUUGCUGGCCGUUCUGCUGGGUUUGACCUCACUGGGUGGACUGGGCUCUCGGCCGUCUGGUCAGGCUAUGGCCCAGGUUCCCGCCAACAACCAGACUGAGUCCUCUUUGUUGUCAGAGGUCGCCCUGGCAACGCCCACACCAGAAACCGAGGACCAAACGGCUCCGAGCGACGGCAAAAGAUGCUGGGGUUACUAUGAUGUCAUGGGCCAGUGGGACCCUCCCUUCAACUGUAACGCGGGCAUCUACCUGUUCUGCUGCGGCUCCUGCUUCUACCGCUUCUGCUGCCAGUUCAAAAUUCACAGUUUGGACCAGACGUCCUGUUCCAACUACGACACGCCUGUGUGGGCUAACACCGGGAAACCGGCGGCACCCGUCACAGAGGUCCACGAGGAACCAGACCGGGAUCGGACCCACAUGAUCGUGUAUAUUAUCUGUGGAGUGGUGGCCAUCAUGGUGUUGGUCGGGAUUUUCACCAAGCUGGGGCUGGAGAAAAGUCAAGGAGGACAGACGGACAUGACCAACUCCAGGACUCUGACGGAGCUUCUGAAGCAGCCGGGGGAGGCAGGAGUGGUGGACGGAACCGGGGUUCAUCAUCCGAUCGGCACCAACGGCAUCUCGGCCAGGGCUCUGCGCUCCAACAACGAUCACAACCAUUUGAACAACGCAGCGUUGUCUCCCCUGGGUCCAGCCAUGGCCUUGUCUCACCCUCACAACAACCUGGGAAUCGGUUUCAACAAGUACACCUCGCUGAAGGCUGUGGACACGACCCCAAGAGACUACUACAAGAGCUACCCGAUGGUAGACUACACCCACCGCCAGUCCCCUCCCACUUUCCAGCCAAUCAACUUCCAUCCCAAGGACAAGCCCUUCCUCCCGCCGCCCGACAUCCACGCGCCACUGGCCAUCACCAUCAACACCUCGCAAAUCCCCAAGCCCAAGAUCUCCAAGACCAACACGCAUCCGCUCACCUCCAGCUCGGCCUUCAAAGUAUGGGACCCCAGUAAGAGCCACGCCCCCCACCCGGUGGCCACCCACAUGGUGCUCCAGGGGCAGCAGCAUCAGCAUCAGCAUCAGCAUCAGCAUCACCCCAUCCAGCAGCUGCAGCAGCUACAGCAUCAGCAGCAGCUACAGCAUCAGCAGCAGCUACAGCAUCAGCAGCAGCAGCAGCAGCUACAGCAUCAGCCGCUGCACCAGCAGAACAGCCGGCGCCAGGCCUACUCCAACAAGAGGCAGUUCAGCAUCGAGACGCUGCCCGAGCUCUUCUCGCAGCCGCUGGGCUACGGCCACUCGCCGCGCAUGCACCCCAAGCACAAGGGACUGCCCACCAACAGCAAGACAGAGGUCACUGUCUGAACACGGGGGCGAAUGGGCGAAUAGAAGGGGAGACAAAAGAAAACCAAGCGGAGUUUGUAAGGGAAAUCUGCAGAUAUCUUUUAUAUCCAAAGCCCAAACGGCGAGAUGAGGGCGAGAAAUAUCGUAUCUGGAAGUUUUUUUCCUCAUUAUUGUUGACAAUACUAAUAAUGACGUGAGUGAUAUCUGUUGUACUUUUUAAGACCAGUGGGUCAAAACAGCAGCAGCAGCAGCAGCAGCAGCAGAUAAGCUGUGAAGGUGGUGGGUUGUGACUCUUUGAACCCGACGGCUCUUCUGAAUAAUUGAGUGGCCUCUCAGUAUGUUGGCCGUCAGCUCCUCUCUCC